GUCGUCGGAUAGCCACCGGUCGACAGCGACUGCUCAAACGAGGAUCUCCUAUGGGACAACAACCGUCACUCGAGUCCAGUCACAAGAGAAGGUCUCUCAGAACCCGUAAGCAAUCCAAAAUGCAGUCGCAUCAAGAUGACAUCGAGGAAAGAACGGAAGAAAAUCCGGCAGCGUCGGCGGCGCAGCGUGGCAGCUAUGCUCGCGGUUCCAUAUGGACCUUACGUACUGCCAUUCAGCAAAUGCCCGAAUUGGCUGGUGCUCUUAUUCAUGAAG